GCUUUGCCCUCCCGAAGCUAUGACUUCGAUGACUGCUCCAGUUGUUUUCUCAUCCGCCUCCUCGCUGUCGUCUGGAUUUCGUUUUCGCCUCUUAAUCUCCGGCUGCCGCAUCCUCAGACACCCUGUUCAUGGCGGUGUCAGCAAGCGAGCGACGCGUUCGAUGGCUAUCCGCGCACAGACUCUAGAUUUCUCAGGAUCCUUCUUUGAAGGCGGAGACGAGGAGGGAGAGGGGCCUCGAUUGGGUCCGACGGCGGCCGCCUCGAUUGCGACAUUGGAGGAUAAAGAGGAACCGCAGUGUCCUCCGGGACUCCGGCAGUACGAGACUAUGGCGGUGCUCCGGCCUGACAUGACGGAGGACGAGCGGCUUGCCCUUACCCAGAGAUACGAAGAGCUUCUCAUCACUGGUGGUGGAAUGUAUGUGGAGGUGUUCAACCGAGGAGUAAUCCCACUCGCCUACAGCAUAAAGAAGAGAAACAAAGCAGGUGAGAGCAAUACUUACUUGGAUGGUAUCUACCUUCUCUUCACCUAUUUUACCAAACCCGAAUCAAUUGUAGCUCUUGAAAACCGACUCAACAAAGAUGAUGAUGUUAUCCGUUCUUCCUCCUUCAAGAUUAGGAAGAGGAAAUAUUAGCAGCCCACUUAAAAUGGCAAAGCUUAUUUGAAUGUAUUUGAGGUAGAUUAUGUUGUAUGUUGCAGAACUAUUUGAAUACAUUUGAUUGUUUUUUCUCAUUAUGCAUCAGCAGCAAAGUACAUAUUGAUUUCUCUUUUCGCCACACAAACUUUGUAGUUGAAAGGCGUAUAUUCCUCAAUAUUCGAUUCA